AUGCUGUCAUUAUUGCUUCUGCUUAGUGCAGUUUCUGCCACUUUGCUCGAUGACCAUUCGUACUAUGACGCUUCCAAUCGUGUUGCGGGGACAGACCUGUACAACAAGUACAACCACUUUGCCAACCAGCCAUAUGUUGCCAAUGGCUAUAUUGGGUCCCGCAUUCCUAAUCUGGGCCAAGGCUUUACGUAUGAUCAAGCUGCCAAUACUUCAAGUGCCUUGCUUGACAAUGGGUGGCCAUUAUUCGACAAAAGGUACGCCGGAUCGUUUGCUGCUGGGUUCUACGAUCUCCAACCCAACACCACCGGGACCAAUUUUCCAGAGCUUGAAAAAUUGGGUUAUGAGUCUGUCAUUAGUUCAAUUCCCGAGUGGACCACUCUUCUAUUGCAACUGAACUACACGGACUCCGAUGGCGCCUUCCACUCUGCUACCUUGGACCCUCAACUGACAAACACUACAAAAGUCGGUUCAAUCUCAGAUUAUUACCAGGAAUUGAGUUUCAAUAAGGGGACUGUCACUACGGGAUUCUUCUGGGAGAAAUUGGUUUAUGUAACGAUUACGGUUUUUGCACACCGUUUCCUACCCACCCUCGGUGUGGUUAACAUUGCACUUGAGUUUAACAACUCCACCGAAGUGUCCAAUGUGACCCUUUCUGCAACGGACAUUCUAGAUUUUUCUACUAGUCAACGGACCUGGCUGGAAGACAUUGGUUCCACUGAGGAUGGAAUUUACAUUGUGGUGAACCCGCUGAACAUCGAUUACAAAUCAGCCACAGUUUUUUCACGUCUUGUGUAUGACGAUGUGGCUAACGCCUUUGACGUCCACAAUUCCUCCACCUCGGUUUCGGCUACUGCCGUUUUCGAUGUGCAAUUGGACUCUGAGUCUUUUGAACAAUUGAACAUUACCAAGUUUGCUGGAGUUGUGUCCAGUGAUUAUUUGAACGACAACUCUACGGAUGACCCGUUCACUCCGUUCGAUAAGGCCCAGGGUAUAGCCUAUAACUCCUCCGAGGUUGGUUAUGACAUAAUCUACUCACUGCAUCUGGAAGCAUGGAGCGAUCUUUGGGGAGACUCUCGAAUCUCAGUUCCUUCGGAUGCAACUCUCACGUUGGCUGCUGAGGCUUCUAUCUACCACCUGCUAGCAAAUACCCGUUCUGGAGCCUCUGGAGUGACCUCUGCCCUUGCAGUUUCGGGACUCUCUUCCGACUCAUAUGGUGGAAUGGUGUUCUGGGAUACAGAUCUUUGGAUGUUGCCAGCUCUAAUACCUUUUUCACCAGAACAUGCGGUUGCAGUCUCGAAGUUCCGUCACGAAACCCAUCCACAAGCCAUUAGAAAUGCAGAGUCACGUGGUUUUGACGGAGCCGCAUACUCGUGGACUUCGGGAAGGUUUGGUAACUGCACGUCCACUGGACCCUGCUUCGAUUACGAGUACCACAUUAACGUGGCUGUCUCACUGAGUGUUUGGAAGCUGUUCCUUGCGGGCGCUAUUGACGACGAUUAUCUUGCCGAAUACGGAUAUCCAAUUAUCCGCGAUGCUGCCGACUUUUUUGCCAGUUACGUGGAGUUCAACGACACGCUGGGUGCAUAUACCACUAACAACCUGACGGACCCAGACGAAUAUGCCAACUUCAAGAACAACGGUGCGUACACCAAUGCCGGAAUUUCGCAGGUCAUGAAAUGGGCAUCUUUGAUCGGAGAAUAUUUGGAUACCAAUGACACAAACGCGGAUUGGCUGGAUAUCGAGCAGAAUAUGUAUUUGCCGGUUUCGGACUACAACGUGACUCUGGAGUACUCUGGAAUGAACUCUUCAGUGGAGAUCAAACAAGCUGAUGUGGUUUUGAUAACGUACCCACUGGAUGAUAAUGAUCAUGCUUUUGUCCAGGACUUGGACUAUGACAAGGACCGCGCCGUUUUGGACAUGACUUACUACUCCGAACACCAGUCGUCGCAAGGUCCAGCCAUGACUUUCCCCGUAUUCAGUGCUGUUGCAGCCAAAUUGAACGACUUUGGAUGUGGCUCACAGACAUAUCUGCUAAAGUCGAUUGAGCCAUUUUUGAGACUUCCUUUUGGGCAAAUGUCAGAGCAAAACAAUGACGACUACUACACCAACGGAGGAACUCACCCUGCUUUCCCCUUUCUCACUGGCCAUGGAGGUGUCUUACAAGGCUUUGUUUUUGGACUUACGGGACUAUCGUUUGGAUACCGGGCCAAUGGCUCAGAUUUCGAGCGUCUCUUGAACUUUGAUCCGGUUGCCUUGCCCUUGUUCCCGGGUGGUAUCUCGAUAGAGGGAAUCCAAUACAAUGGGCAAGUUCUGGAUGUCAUCAUUGAUGAUGAUGAAGCCACUCUGGUUCACCGUGCAGGCAAGAAAUCCGUAUCUGUGUAUGUGGAUUCGCGCAACCCACAGGGAGGAGUCACGUAUACCCUACAUCCAGACGCCAACCUCACGUUGCCACUUUUCUUUCCAAACGAGAACUUUGCUGGAUCCAUAACCGAGUGUCGGGCAAGUGUUGUGGCAGUCUCAGCGUCGUUGGACGGUGAUGUUCCUGAGUCGUUGAUCGAUGGUGAUAAUUCUACCACCUGGCAGGCUAGUCUGAAAAACGAGACGGCCGCUGUUCUGCUAGACCUUGGCUCCAUAUAUCAGGUGUCGAGUGGAAUCAUUGUUUGGGGUGAUAGACUGGCCAAAAGCGUUUCUCUGAGCGCCGUGCCUGAAACACUGGCUCGUCGGUAUCUCCAAGGUUCCUUGGCGCAAAAUGCCACGGCUUUCGAGGCGAAAGCAGAGGCUAGGGAGAUUGUUUCUGAAUUGAAAAUAAAGCCCAGUUACAAUGCAACCGGGAUUCGGGAUCCCUAUGACGUCCAGGUUGGAACGGCUAACUUUACUCUGUUUGACCUCGAGAAGCCCUCGCAUGUGCGUUAUGUGCUCUUUGAAGUAGAUGGAGUAUAUGACGAGUCUGACGACACUACUGGGGCUGUUAUUGCCGAAAUAUCGUUGUUUUAA